AUGAAUACCAACAAUACAUUAUCUCAAACAAUAAAUUUAAGUAUUCGUCCAUUUUUUAUUUUAUUGGAUAUGUUUUUAAUUAGUUCCAUAUUUCUUGGUUGUAUUUUUUGUGUAUCAUUUAUAUGUAUAUCAGCUGUCUAUCGUUCUUGUCGAUCAGUUUUAACAUUACUUUCAGCUAAUUCAUGUUUAGCUGGUCUUAUUUUUAAUUGUGUACAAUUAAGUAAUGCUUUAUUAUUAUUUCGUGAUGAUAUUUUUUUAUCAACAUCAAAUCAAAAUCAAUAUUGUGAAGUUCGUAAUUAUCUUAUGCAUGUAUCUGGUAGUCUUCUUUAUUAUUCAUAUUGUAUUCAAUCAAUAUCACGUUUAUUUUUUGUUGUCUUUUACAAACAUACAGUUCUUUUAACUUAUCAUAUACAUUUUAUUCUUAUUGGAAUACAAUGGACACUUGGUUUUUUUUUACCAAUAUCAAUACUUACAUCUGGUCAUAGACAAUAUCAAACAGAGACAAGUGAAUGUUUUAUAACAAUUAAAAAUGUUUCACAAACAUUAUUUGGUAUGAUUUCAAUGUUUGUUUUACCAAUGACAAUUAUUUCAAUAUGUUAUACACAUAUUGUUUGUUUUGUACGAGCUGCUGUACGACGUGCUAGAAAAACGAAUGCAAUGCCUAUUCGAAAAUUUAAUCUUAUACGUGAUCAAGGUGCAAUACAUAUUAAACAUCGAUUUUCAAGUACAAGAGAUAUUAAAGUAUUUCGACAUAUAAUUGUAUUAAUUACUGUAUUAUGUAUUGGUGGAUUUCCUUAUUCAAUGUUAAUGGUAUUAAAUACACAAAGUAUUGCUCCAUUUUCUAUUUAUCGUCUAUGUAUAACAGUAUUUGCAUUAAGUGUAACAGUUGAUAUGGGUGCAAUAUUUUUUUUUAACAAAAAUGUUCGUACAAUAUUUUUUAACUGUUUUCAAAGACGAUCAAACCGAAUUGGUUCAAUUAAUCGUGGUUAA